AUGGACCAGCUGACCCUCAAGCAACUGCAAGCCAUUUAUUAUCGGCUCACAGCAGACAUUGCUGAGGCAUUCGAAUACGAAGCGAGUGUCGAGGCGAAACCGGCUAAAGGCGGCGCCAGUCGAUCAAGCGUGCUGGAGCAGAUCCAGGUUGUCAGGUCUGUGUUGGAUGAGGGGCUUGAUAGCCUAAUGCAGGGUGCGGUUGAAGCAAGGGAAUCUACCGUAUGA